UAACUGUUCGUUCUUCCAGUUAUUCAUCUCUCUCUCUCACACACACACACACAGUUCGACAAUCGGAAUCGGAGCAUCUCACCGUAACUCCAACGAUAGGCCGGAGUUUCAUCUUUCUUCUCUAGAAACUCACCGGAACUUGAGGUUUUUGCAGCUGUAUUUACUGGAUCUGGAUCGGAAGCAACGGAAGAAUCAUCUGUAUUCGCAUCGGAGAAGUUGUGGUUCCGUUGAUGAUGGAGAAAUCGCCGGAACCGGUACGUAAGGAAGAUCAGGUGAGCUCUUCUUAUUCGAGUUCAGGAGAAGGUUCUGGAAAGGUUGAGAAGGAAGUUGCUGGUAGCAGCAGCAGUGGAGCUGAAGUAGAGGUUAAAGUAAACGAUGCUGUUGCUGGUGGUGCGGUUGCUAACGGCGAUUAUUCAGGGUCUGAUGGCAGGAGUUUGCCUACAUUGCGUAAAUUACAAUCAGAAAUCUCGAGUUUUCUAUUAGGAAGUGCUGGAAAGACAGAGUCGUCUUCCGACCCGUUUAGGCUGGAAAAAUCAAAAACCGAAAGACCUAGACGUAGUAAUAUGCUUGCUGAAGAGACACCUCAGUCAUUUACUGAAAAAUUAUCCGCAAAUCAGAAGCUACAAAUAUUGAACAAAAUUGCUACAGUAAAAGACGACGGUACUGUUGAAUUUGAGGUACCUGGAGAUGCUGAACUGAAUGCUUUAGGGGAUGCAUGUGAAAUUUAUGGUGCAUGCGCUGAAGAUCCCAAUGAAUCAGAACCUCGGUAUUUUAGACCAUUACAAGUAGUAGUUCUUAUUGUUGGAACCCGUGGUGAUGUGCAACCAUUUGUUGCAAUCGGAAAGCGUUUGCAGGAAUAUGGUCACCGCGUUAGACUAGCGACGCAUUCAAAUUUCAAGGAAUUUGUACUGACUGCAGGAUUGGAGUUCUAUCCCCUAGGUGGCGAUCCAAAAGUUCUUGCUGAAUACAUGGUUAAAAACAAAGGAUUCUUGCCUUCUGGUCCUUCAGAAAUUCCUGUUCAGAGGAGUCAGAUGAAAGACAUUAUUUUUUCGUUACUUGCAGCAUGCAAAGAACCUGAUAUUGAUACUGGAAUCCCGUUUAAAGCUGAUGCAAUUAUAGCCAAUCCCCCAGCAUACGGACAUACACAUGUUGCCGAGGCACUGAAAAUACCCAUUCAUAUAUUUUUUACAAUGCCUUGGACGCCUACAAGUGAAUUUCCUCAUCCUCUAUCUCGUGUCAAGCAACCGGCUGGAUAUAGACUGUCAUAUCAAAUAGUUGACUCUUUGAUUUGGCUUGGAAUUCGGGACAUGAUAAAUGAUGUUAGGAAGAAAAAGUUAAAGUUGCGGCCUGUCACGUAUUUAAGUGGCUCUCAAGCCUCUGAGGCUAAUAUUCCACAUGGGUACAUUUGGAGUCCUCAUCUUGUUCCCAAACCAAAAGAUUGGGGGCCUAAAAUUGAUGUAGUUGGAUUUUGCUUUCUCGAUCUUGCAUCAAACUACCAACCUCCUGAAGACCUUGUAAAAUGGCUUAACGCUGGUCCAAAGCCUAUCUACAUUGGGUUCGGAAGCCUUCCUGUUCAAGAGCCUGAGAAAAUGACACAAACAAUUGUUAAAGCUCUAGAAAUUACUGGACAAAGAGGCAUCAUCAAUAAAGGAUGGGGUGGUCUUGGUAACUUGAAAGAGCCGAAGGAUUUUGUAUACCCGUUAGACAACAUACCUCAUGACUGGCUUUUCUUACAGUGUGCAGCUGUGGUACACCAUGGGGGUGCUGGGACUACAGCUGCUGGUCUUAAGGCUGCGUGUCCAACCACAAUUGUACCAUUCUUUGGUGAUCAACCCUUUUGGGGAGAUCGAGUUCACAGCAGAGGUGUAGGCCCGCCACCGAUACCAGUAGAUCAGUUUUCACUUAACAAGCUUGUUGAUGCCAUUAAGUUUAUGCUAGAUCCUAAGGUGAAGGAGCGAGCGGUGGAACUUGCUAAGGCAAUGGAGAAUGAGGACGGGGUAGAAGGUGCGGUUAAAGCCUUCUUAAAACAUCUUCCCCAACAAAUGCCCGACGCAAAGCCUCCACAAACCAAAGCCAAAACCUCAAAACUACCUCCAACCAAACAACCAUCUUCAAAACCACCCAAACAAUCAUCUCCACAACCACCCAAACAUUCGAGUUCAUUUUCAAUAUCGAGUUGUUUCGGCUGUUCCUAAAUCCAAAAUACAGAUAAAAUGUUGUGUGUUUGCCUCUCCAUGCAUGCUUGCUGGUAUGUAUGCAUUCAUAGGAACAACAUUUAUUGUUGGAUUUGUGUGUGCUAAUUUGUUGUGUUAUUUGUAUAGCCCAUAUGUAUUUUGAAUCAUUUUUAUUGUAUUUAAAUAAUAACUAGGCUGAUUAUGCACAGGGAUGGAAACAGAUUCCUUGGAACAUUUUUGGUUUAUGAUU